AUGGAGGCGGCGGCGGGCGGGGGCUGCGGCUCUGGGCCGCCUCUGCUGCUGAGCGAGGGCGAGCAGCAGUGCUACUCCGAGCUCUUCGCGCGUUGCGCCGCCGCCGGCGCCGCAGGCGGGGGCCCCGGGUCCGGGCCCCCUGAGGCCGCCAGAGCCGUCCCCAGCGCGGCCACCGCAGCCGCGGGCCCUGUGGCCGACCUGUUCCGGGCGUCACAGCUGCCCGCCGAGACGUUGCACCAGAUCACAGAACUGUGUGGUGCAAAGCGGGUUGGUUAUUUUGGUCCAACACAGUUUUACAUUGCCUUAAAAUUGAUUGCUGCAGCACAGUCUGGCCUUCCUGUACGGAUAGAGAGUAUUAAAUGUGAACUGCCGCUGCCUCGCUUUCUGAUGUCAAAGACCGAUGCUGAGAUCCGAUUUGGGAACCCGACUGAACUGCAUGGAACUAAGGUUCAGAUUCCAUAUUUAAUCACAGAAAAAAAUACCUUCAAAAGAAUGGACGAUGAGGAUAAACAGCAGGAAACACAGUCUCCCACGAUGUCACCCCUCGCCUCCCCUCCUUCUUCCCCGCCUCAUUACCAGAGGGUGCCCUUGAGCCAUGCCUACGGCAAACUGCGGAGCAACACGGAGCAGAUGCAUCCAGCUCCUUAUGAAGCUAGACAGCCCCUUGUCCAGCCUGAAGGACCCUCAUCGGGGGCCCCAGGAACCAAACCCCCUCGCCAUCAGGCUUCCCUUAUUCGGUCCUUUUCCGUGGAGAGAGAACCGCAGGAUAACAACAGUAAUUACCCAGAUGAACCCUGGAGGAUAACAGAAGAACAGCGCGAGUACUAUGUCAAUCAGUUCCGAUCCCUUCAGCCUGACCCGAGCUCCUUCAUUUCAGGUUCUGUGGCCAAGAACUUCUUCACCAAAUCAAAGCUUUCCAUUCCAGAACUCUCCUACAUAUGGGAACUGAGUGAUGCUGACUGUGAUGGAGCCCUGACCCUGCCUGAGUUCUGUGCUGCGUUUCAUCUCAUUGUGGCCCGGAAAAACGGCUACCCGCUGCCAGAGGGCCUGCCUCCGACUCUGCAGACAGAGUACCUGCAAGCAGCUUUUCCUAAGCCCAAGCGGGAGUGUGCAUUAUUUGAUUCUUAUUCUGAGUCAAUGCCUGCAAACCAACAACCCCGUGACUUGAAUCGGAUGGAGAAGCUAUCUGUUAAAGACAUGGCUGACUUUCCUGUCCCAACUCAAGAUGUGACUAGUGAUGACAAACAAGGUUUGAAAAGUACUGCGGAUGAAGCCUUACCAAAGGACGUGUCUGAGGAUCCAGCCACUUCUAAGGAUUCCAACAGCCUCAAAGCAAGACCAAGAUCCAGAUCUUACUCUAGCACCUCCAUAGAAGAGGCCAUGAAAAGGGGCGAGGACCCUCCCACCCCGCCACCGCGGCCACAGAAAACCCACUCCAGAGCCUCCUCCUUGGAUCUGAAUAAAGUCUUCCAGCCCAGUGUGCCAGCUACUAAGUCAGGAUUGUUACCUCCGCCGCCUGCGCUCCCUCCAAGACCUUGUCCAUCACAGUCUGAGCAAGCGCCUGAGGCUGAAAUACACCCCCAGCUGAACAGAGCCCCCUCCCAAGCUGCAGAGAGCAGUCCAGCAAAGAAGGACAUACCAUAUUCUCAGCCUCCAUCAAAGCCCAUCCGAAGGAAAUUCCGACCUGAAAACCCAGCUACAGAAAACCAAGACACUUCUACCACUGUUGGUGGGCCAGCAUCGGCAGCGACUGUGAAACCCCACGCGGCAGUCCAAAAACAGUCUUCCAAACAGAAGAAGGCUAUUCAAACUGCUAUCCGCAAAAAUAAAGAGGCAAACGCGGUGCUGGCCCGGUUGAACAGUGAACUCCAGCAGCAGCUCAAGGAGGUUCAUCAAGAACGGAUUGCAUUGGAAAACCAAUUGGAACAACUUCGUCCAGUCACUGUGUUGUAA